CGUAAGAUAACUUAAUAAUUUUAUUAGAGUAUGAACUACAAACUCAAAAGUUUUAAAUCCAAAAUAAUAAUCUUAUGCUCAUUAAAUAAAUCUCAAUCUUAAUUUUUACUCACUUUCAACUUCGGAUUAAACCAAAGGGUUAUACGAAGUUGUGAAGCAUAUUUAUUGUGUGGACAUUCUUUGGUUUGGUUAUUGCAGACAAUGAAACACUUACGUACAGACUGCUUCAGAACUCCCCAAGGAAAUCAUCCAUCUUGUGUAGAUUUUAAAUACCAGAGAAUGGCGCAACUUUGCUUUUAUUUCUUUCUACUUUUUUCUAUAUUUCCUUGUUGUACAUGUCCACAGACGAAUCCAAAAGAUGGACUUCGGAUAGAAUUAGAGGGAGUUUCCACGAGGAACAAGACCUUGAUAAUAGGAGUGAUCAACGAGGCCUCCGUGGAAGACAAUGGAAUGCUGCAGCUUUUCCUCCAAAGCAUGCGAGAAGGGGAGGAUACUGCGUUCUUGAUCAGACACGUUCUCCUCGUCGCCACCGAUCAGAUUGCAUACAACCACUGCAUGGUUCUUCAACUCCAUUGCCAUCAGCUUUACACUGACACUCUUCUCCUUUCUCCGGCCUUAAGCAUCCAAUCUACAAGCUUAAUCAGCCUCGCUUCGACGCUAACCCUAUUCCUUGGAGAAGUUCUCUUGCGUGGGUACAGCUUCAUCUUCACAGAUAUGAAUGUCAUGUGGCUAAGAAACCCAUUCGCAAGGUUGAAUCACAAUGGAGAAGACAUGCUGUUAAGUGGCGAUCUAUACGACAGUGGCUUAUACUUUGUUUCUUCAAAUACGAAGACGAUGGCCUUGUUCAAGCAAUCAUAUGCUGUGAUGAAUGAGUCAAGAAGCAUGAAGGGAGAUGAUGUGCUUCAUCUUAUGAGAUCUAAAAGGUUCAUCCAGCAGUUGGACAUGAAAGUGGGAUACUUGGACACAGCACAUUUCACCAAUUUUUGUCAGGGUACUCUUGAUAUUGCAAAGGCCACCACAGUGCAUGCAAACUGCUGCCCCAGCAGCAAAGCAAAGUUUGCUGAUCUCACAGCCAUCUUAGAUGUCUGGAAAACAUAUAAUAAUGGAACACCUAAUGUCACAUUCUCUGCUCACAGUUCUUGUGCCAAAUCAUGGAAGGUCAGUUCUACGUUUAUCAUACAACUGAAAACAUCUCUGCAAGCUGCUGCUAUGGGGAACAAGACAUUGGUCAUCAGUUACUUGAAUAAGGCAUAUGUUGAAGAGAACGGCAUGCUCGAUCUUUUCCUAAGAAGCUUGAAGGAAGGGGAGGAUACUGCAUUCUUGAUCAACCACCUCUUCCUCAUCACAGUCGAUCAGACUGCGUUCGACCGCUGUAAAAUGCACAGACUUCAUUGCUACAGGCUUGUUUCUGAGGGUCUCAAUUUCUCCAAAGAGCAGCUCUUCAUGUCUGAUGGAUACAUCAAUUUGGUGUGGCAAAAAGUUGUGGUUCUUGGAGAAGUUCUCAAGCAUGGAUACAACUUCAUUUUCACGGAUAUGGACAUAAUGUGGCUAAGGAAUCCAUUCUCCAGGUUGAGUCUCUCUGGGGAGGACUUGCAGAUAAGCUGUGAUUAUUACAAUGGCAGGCCUUACGAUGAUUCCAAUCACAUCAACACUGGCUUUUUCUAUGUGGCCUCAAAUAACAAGACCAUCAAGCUGUUCGACAUGUGGUUCGAAUCAAGAAAAACCCUCAGAAGGAUGCAUGAUCAAGAUGUUCUGGAGUUUCUGAAAUCUAAUGGCGUCUUCAAGCGGCUGGGCGUGAGUGUCCGGUUCUUGGACACCCUCUACUUCAGCGGAUUCUGUCAAGUCACCAAGAACUCCAAGGAAGUGAUUACAGUGCAUGCGAACUGUUGUCGAAGUAUAAAAGCGAAGGUAGAUGACCUGACCGAAACCCUAGAAGCCUGGAAGAAGUUGAAGGGCACAACAACAGUUGGCUGGCCGCAGCACAGAGCAUGUAGUCAAUCAUGGAGCGAAUGACUGCCAAAUGUAGCGUCCGAAUCUUGUAUUUGUUGACAUUAUAUAGAUUACGAUGCCUGUUUUGAUGAUAUCCAACGUUGAUGUCAAUAUCUGAUGUCAUGUUAAGAAGCUUGGUUGGAUGACGAAAUCAUUUCAAAUAAGAGUUCGCAGAAACCUCUGCGCCCUCUGUAAAUAUAAAGUUUAGAUGAGCCAUGCCUGAAAAGGGAAUCAUAAAAGAGGUUCAA